GACAAUGAUUAUAUAUGAUACUACUAUAUAUUACGGUACAGCCUAUGUAUAAAGUAAAAGCCUGACUGAUAUCGCCGGUUCGUUUAUCUGAGUAGAAUUUUGAUGUAGUUGAGAUUCCCUUUUCGCUUUAAAUUUGCUGAAACACCAGUAUCCACUAGUGGUACCCUACAAUGUGUCGAGUUUGGUUACGAUGAAAUUGUGAAAACGGUCUUGCGGAGUGGGAGGGAGGAAGACAGCGCGAGCAGCUUCCCCUUGUUGUACACCUUGCCCGGAAAGGGGACGUCGCGGCCGGAGACCUUUCUGAUGGAUGGAACUAAUUCAGCGAAUCAGAGAUGGUAAAUGCGAUAAAUUUGUGGUUAUUCUUUUAAUGGCGUGAAAUCCUCAAAAACCCAAGGGAAUUACCAAUCUGCAGAAGGAUCAGCCCCACACAUUAAAGAGGUCGAACUGACACUGUACUUGAGUUAACCGCUGUGAGGCCGAGAGUCCCAGGAUGGGCUCCGUGGGAGCAGAGAGGCGCAGGCAGGCCACCCCCGUCCUGACCCCAGAGGGUAACGUGGUGAUGAGCUUUAGCUUUGAGAGCUACCAGCUGGAGGAAGAGGACUGCCAGGCUAAGGAUAUCCCAGACAAAGGGGUCCUGACCUUCACAGAGCCAGCCUUUGAAGAGCCUAUGCCAGAUGACCGCUAUCAUGGGAUUUACUUCGCUAUGCUUCUUGCUGGAGUUGGGUUCCUGCUGCCUUACAAUAGCUUCAUCACUGAUGUGGACUACCUACAUUGGAAAUUCCGAGGGACGUCAAUCGUGUUUGACAUGAGCCUGACGUACAUCCUUGUGGCGCUGGUUGCUGUGAUCCUGAACAACGCCCUGGUGGAGAUGCUUAGCUUGCACACCAGGAUUACAGUGGGGUACCUGUUUGCCCUGGGGCCCCUCCUCUUUGUGAGCAUCUGUGAUGUCUGGCUGGAGCAGUUCACAACCAAGCAGGCCUAUGUUGUCAACCUGGUGGCUGUAGGAGUGGUGGCAUUUGGAUGUACAGUUCAGCAGUCCAGUUUCUAUGGUUACACUGGAAUGCUUCCAAAGAGGUACACGCAAGGAGUGAUGACUGGAGAGAGCACAGCAGGUGUGAUAAUUUCCCUGAGCCGCAUUUUCACCAAGCUGCUAAUUAAGAACGAGAAGAAAAACACCAUCAUCUUCUUCUUCUUCUCCGUCAGCAUGGAGCUGAUGUGCUUUGUGCUUCACCUCUUGGUUCGCCGGACGCGCUUUGUCCGGUACUACACCAAACGCUCCUGUCACGACCACGCUGAGAUGAGGGGUCACGCCGACCCAGGCACCGGAUACAGGGUCCACCAUGACGCCAGUACAGAGGAAGUAAGAUUUGAUAAUGGUGCAGUGGGUGCAUCCCCUUCAGAAUUUGGAAAUGAAGUUGAAAUUGCUGGCGGUGGCACAUACAUGAGAUUUGAUGUCCCUAAGCCAAAAAAAAAGAAGAGCUGGCCUAGCAUAAGAGACAUGAUCCUGCAUCGUUAUGUGGUCUCACGUGUGAUCUGGACCUACAUGCUAUCCAUUGCGGUCACCUACUUCAUCACUCUCUGCCUGUUCCCGGGACUGGAGUCGGAGAUCCACAAUGCCACAUUGGAGGAUUGGCUGCCAAUCCUCAUUAUGGCCAUCUUCAACAUGUCCGACUUUGUUGGCAAAAUCCUGGCGGCGCUGCCGUAUGACUGGAAAGGCAGCCGGCUUCUCCUGUUCUCCUGCGUCCGUGUGGUUUUCAUCCCGCUCUUCGUCAUGUGCGUCUACCCCGUCGGGAGCCCCACCCUCAGCCACCCCGCCUGGCCCUGCGUGUUCUCCCUCCUCAUGGGCAUCAGCAACGGCUACUUUGGAAGCGUGCCCAUGAUCCUGGCAGCGGGGAAGGUUGUGCCGGAGCAAAGGGAGCUGGCAGGCAACACAAUGACUGUGUCCUACAUGACAGGUCUGAUGUUGGGAUCUGCAGUUGCCUACUUCGCCUACGGCAUCAUAGCGAACGGAUCCACCCCCCACGCAGAAGCACUGCACAACUCCACCUCAGGGUAGUCAAAAAGGCAGGAGAAGGGCCGCAGCCAGUAGUACCACACCAAUGAAAUACAUUAGAAUUAACAUUUUAUGGUGGCCGCAUUUCGGAAGCAAAAAGGUAACGACAUUGAUAGCCAGCAGAGCUUGACCACUCAGCAGGUUUAUGUGGAACUGAUCUAAACUCUCUCUCUUCCUCGUGAUUGUUUUUAAUACAAAUUUUAAGAUGUAGACUUUUUAAAAAAGAAUGGCGGUUAUGUUGCCAGUGCUUUACUCUGCUGCCGUGUUCUGUGUCUUAUGACCUCAUUUUCUAUCUCAUGCUGCCUUUCAGAAGGUGUGUGGCAUCCUGUAUCAUAAAUAGGGCCACGACUUUGUCUCCACCAUGUGACCUGCUGGGAUUUAAACUUGUAUUUCAAUGGUUAUCCUCCAGGGGUCCCCAUAGGCACUCCAGCAGCACAGUCAAGUGGGUAUUCAUACAGUUGAGUUAAUAAUUGGUCAAUCUAACAUGGGGAGAGUCUGAAAGGAAAGUAAACAUGGAUGGAUGUUUAAAUGCUAUGAAAAGCAUGUCUUUGAGCCAGUGGUCCUCACUCCUGGUCCUGGAGAGCUGCAGGGUCUGCUAGCUUUCGUUGUUACUCAGCACUUCAGUAGCACAGCAAUUAUUCAAUUAAAAUGGUUUAUUACAGUUAACUCAGGUCACCUGGUUUCUUGUGUCUGAGUCAGUUGCUGCUCUUAAGGAAAGAACAAUAACCAGCAGACUCUGUGGCUCUCCAGGACCAGUAAUGAGUUAUUGCUGCAGUAGAAAAGAAAAAUGCAACCCUAUAAAACAGGGAUGUCCAGUCGUAUCCAAAAAGGGCCGCUGUGGGUGCAGCUUUUUGUCCCAGCGCUAAGACACCUGAUUCUACAUAAAGUCUUGAUUGAAGACCAUGAUUAGUUAAUUAGUUGAAUCAUUCAUUAAUUUUUUAAGACUUUUAGUGCAGGUUAAAUGUUAUAUAACUGCUCUAAUUUUUAAUGUGGACAUUUCCCACUGCUUCUAACAAAAAUCAUACCCCUGUAUAACAUUUACUGCAGCAUGUACAAUCAAACUGAAUUGAACAUGCAAGUGUUGCUUGUGAACAUUGCUGUCAACCAUUGUCUCUGCUUAAUUAUUUGCAAAUACUUUAUCAACUUAUAGAAUAAAGAAUACUGAGGUGGCACAAAUGGGAUAAUUGUUUGAGAAGGGGCUUGACAAAGAGGGUGUCAUGACCUCUAGCCACUGGAGGACUGAAGUACCAUGCGAAAAAGAAGUGGGGCGAAGAGGUGGCCCUGGUCAUAACGACUUAUACAUUCAUUCCAUGUUGCCUUGCUAUUUAUUCAUGUAUGUUUUUUAUGAGGGUUUUGUUGUACAAAGGUAGGACCGUUUAGUUCCACCCAUACUAUUAUGUUGCUUACUCAUAUCUGAAACCUGAGGAAACUUUAUGAAAUUUUAUGAUUGCCUAGUUGCAUUUUCUGCAACUGCACCUAGUCAAUCAUGUUUUCCUGAAGGGACUUUCUGUAGUAUUGAAGGGACUCUAGUUAAUUGCUAGGGUGCUUCAGAAUGAAACCUGUCCUCAAAUCCCCUCCCGAAUACAAAUUAAAUGUUGUUGUCUGUGAAUGAAAAAAAUACAUUUUUCUUUUCUA